CAUAUAUGCUUUGUUUGAGCUAUAAAAUGAGAAUGUAACCGGCAUAAAAUCCUUACGAUUCAGUACUCUGAUUUCUAUCAUUUGAUCAUUAUGGUUUCUGGUUAUAUCCUGAAACUUACUAUUGUCCUCACUCUUCUCUUGUUCCUUAGACUUUCUUUGGCCCAUGGAGCCACUGCUGACACAAAGCACUAUAUUGUUUACAUGGGGCACCACUCGCACCCCAACUCGGAAUCUGUCAUCAGAGCUAACCAUGAGAUUCUUGCUUCAGUCACCGGCAGUUCCGGUGGACAAGAAGCAGCACUUAACCAUUACAGUAAAAGUUUCCAAGGCUUCUCAGCCAAGCUUACACCAGAUCAAGCUCAACAACUUGCUGAACAUGAUUCGGUUAUUUCGGUGUUUGAGAGCAAGACAAAAAGACUGAGCACAACACAUUCCUGGGAUUUUCUAGGCGUAGACGCUACUCCUAAUUACAAUCAAAUGCCAAUGGGCUCCAAAUCCAAUGUCAUUGUUGGUGUAAUUGACAGUGGAGUUUGGCCAGAGUCAGAGAGCUUCAAUGAUGAAGGAUUAGGACCUGUGCCAGCUAAAUUCAGAGGAGAGUGUGUUACUGGUCAGAAUUUUACAUUGGCCAACUGCAACAGAAAAAUCAUAGGCUCUCGCUUCUAUUAUCAUGGAUUUGAAGUAGAAAAUGGGCCACUUGAGUCCUUUGCACCUCUUCCUUUCUUCAGAUCAGCUCGAGAUGCUGAUGGACAUGGGAGUCACACUGCCUCCACGAUAGCUGGAUCUGCAGUAACUAAUGUCAGCUUCUUGGGAAUGGCCACAGGAACUGCAAGAGGCGGUGCAGAAAGUGCCAGACUUGCUAUCUACAAGGCAUGUUGGUUCGGCUUGUGUAGUGAUGCAGACCUUCUUUCAGCUCUGGAUGAUGCCAUUGGUGAUGGUGUCGAUAUUCUGUCCCUUUCCCUUGGCCCUGAUCCUCCACAGCCAACAUAUUUUGAAGAUGCAGUCUCCAUUGGAGCUUUCCAUGCAUUCCAGAAAGGAAUACUUGUUUCUGCAUCAGCAGGGAACUCUGGUUUCCCUAGUACUGCAUGCAAUGUAGCUCCCUGGAUUCUCACUGUUGCUGCAAGCACUUUGGAUAGAGAAUUCCAUUCAAACGUUUAUCUGGGAAAUUCACAAAUACUAAAGGGUUCCUCUUUAAACCCACUGAAGAUGGAUAAGUCUUACAGUUUGAUUGCUGCAAGUGUUGCAGCUGCCCCUGGAGUCACAGCAAAGAAUGCAAGCUUCUGCAAGGACAAUACUCUAAAUGCAAGCUUAAUUAAUGGAAAAAUCGUUGUGUGCACCUUUGAGACAUUUACCGACAACCGAAGGGAAAAAAGUAUAGUUGUAAGACAAGGUGGUGGUGUAGGAAUGAUUCUUGUGGAUCCAUUUCUCAAAGAUGUUGGCUUUGAGUUUGUCAUCCCGGCCACCCUAAUUGGUCAAGAAGAAGCAGCACAGCUUCAAGCAUACAUGACAACAGAGAAGUACCCAGUUGCUAGAAUCUCACAAACGACAACAAUUCUGAAUACUAAACCUGCACCUGAGAUGGCAGUGUUCUCCUCCAUGGGGCCAAAUAUCAUAACCCCAGACAUUAUCAAACCAGAUAUUACAGGACCUGGGGUGAAUAUCUUAGCAGCAUGGUCUCCGGUCUCAACUACACCCACAGCAGAAAGGUCUGUCAAUUAUAACAUCAUUUCUGGCACCUCGAUGUCUUGUCCACAUGUAUCUGCAGUUGCAGCAACUUUGAAAUCAUAUCGACCUUCCUGGAGUCCAGCAGCCAUAAUGUCUGCAAUAAUGACAACAGCAACAGCUCUAGACAACAACAAACGCCCUAUUGGGAGAGAUCCAAAUGGCACCCCUACCACACCUUUUGACUACGGAUCUGGACACAUUAACCCAGUUGCAGCAAUUGAUCCUGGACUUGUAUAUGAUUUUGAUUCCCAUGACAUAAUCGACUUUCUCUGCAGCACUGGGGCUAGCACUCUGCAACUGAAAAACCUCACGGGUAAUCUAGUUUAUUGCCAGAAGCCUUCUAAACCUUCCUACAAUUUUAACUACCCUUCCAUUGGCGUGUCAAAAAUGAGUGGAAGGCUAUCUGUUCAGCGUACAGUUACUUAUUACGGCAAAGGCCCAACGGUAUAUGCUGCAUAUGUAGACUACCCAGCAGGUGUAAAUGUUACAGUAACACCAGCUAAACUCAAGUUUACAAAUACCGGGGAAAAGAUGUCUUUCUGUGUUGAUUUCACCCCCCUCAAGAAUAGUAAUGGAAGCUUUGUGUUUGGAGCUCUGACAUGGAGUAAUGGUAUUCAGAAUGUUAGGAGUCCUAUUGGUCUUAAUGUGCUUUCAACAUAGACACAAAAGCCCUUCAACAUGUUUCAGAUACUAAAUCAUACAAGAUGAUUGCAUUUGUCAAUUGUCAUCCAAAGCUAUGAAGUGAAAUGUAUUUGUGUAUUAGAUCAAAAGUUAAUUGUUACUUCCUAUAGACUUUCA